AUGCAGGCCACGAUCACCGUCGCUUCAGCUCGACACAGCUAGCCUCAGAGGGUCCCGUUUCCCUACAGUACCGAGGCAUCUAGGCCCUACGCAACUCCAGCGAAAAUGGGCCCUGAGAAGGCCAAGAGAAGCCUCGUCACUUGCUGCGCGUGCAAGUGACUCGCCAUGAUCAGUGGUCUUCAUACCCGUGUGGCCAUGGGCGUGACCGGAUUCACUAUGGAUAACGUCACCGUGCAGAGAGCCCCCUCCGAUCAUCAGCUACGUUUCUUGAAAUCCCAUUGGCUGCGGAGACCUUCAUACGCGCCCCACACUCCAUCAUAACCCUUCACCCCGCCUCACCUCUCGUCUUUCACAUCUCCUAAAUACUUGGCUAUACAGGAUGUCCGCAAAAACCACGAUCUUGCUAUCCAAGAGCAAUCUCCCGGCUGAUGUCGAGAUCAUAAUCUUCGGCCAACGGUACCACCUCCACAGCGCCGUGCUGCGCUUGUUCUCCGGGUUCUUCGACGGCAGUCUGUCCGAGAAUUGGUGGAAGCCCGAAAAUACAAUCUCCGGGCCGACGUCGAUAAGUUACCGGUAUGGCUUGUGCCGAGAUGAGAGUGGCGACUUGAUGCUAGUGCCGGUGGGGCCGGAUGUGGUGUUAAACGAGGUCCUCCCUUCAGCACCGGGGAUGCCGCCACCGCCCAACGAUGAGGAGAAAGCCUACCUCGACCGUGUAGACGCCGAAACCGAGAUGGCGCGGUCCUACGAUAGUCUCUUCCGGAUAAUCUACCAUGCGCCGAUUACCGGCUACCAAACCGACAGCGAAUGCGAGAGCCUGCUAGAAGUCGCAGAUCUGUACUGCAGUCGUUCCGUCGUUGCCGCGCAGAUCGAGCACAAGCUGCUUUCGUCCCCGGACAUCGCGCAGGCGCUGGCGCACAGAGCGCUGGAGUUCUUGAAUCUCGCGACGAAGAUCCGCAGCAAGAAGUUGUUUAAAGACUCGUUUAUACAUCUUGUGGGGAGGUGGAAGGUUUAUAGAGAGGUGCGGGAUCUGGACUUGCCGGAGAGCAUCACGGUUCUGGCAGAAGAGGAGUACAACCGCAUCGGCGAGAUGAUUUCGGCUGCCUCCAGUGAGAUAGACCGGCUCACGGCGGGCUCGGAGGAGUAUUCGAUGGCAUAUCCGGUUAUCCACCGGAUUCUCCGAAGAUCCUUCACUGACCCGGGAAAUAGCGGGAGCACGAGAGAGGGAGUGAUGUACCGGCAAAUCAGCAGCCCGACGACGUGGGUGAUGAAUGAGGAGGAGGAGGAGAUACAGGCAGGAAUGGAUGCCAGGUUUCCUGAGAGGGCGGGCGGGUUGCAUGCGUUUUUGGCGAGGAUUCCGGAGAAGGUGCAGGGCAUCGUUGCCCCGCUGCUCAAGAACAAUCUCGUGCUUGGGAAGGGAUUGAAUUUUCAGCAUUUGACCUGUGCUGAGCUGGGAGAUGAUCGAUAUCCAUGGGACGAUAAGGAACUGUGGUAGAUAGAUUUGGUGGGGAAUUUGGUUGGUUGGGUGGACUGAUGGAGCAACUUUGACGGUCGAGCGAUGUUGUGUCUACAGCUCCAAUGUUUUA